AUGAAGAGCUUUACCGUCCUCCUUCCCUUGCUACUCCUGCUCGCCGCAGACGCCCGCCCUGCAUGCGGGGACAAGUCCAAAGGCCGUCCCGCUGGCGGGGUGCAGAAGGGCAAUGCUCGACCGCGACCCACUCCUGACGCUGGCGCUCCUCCUAUGGCCAACCCGGCACCGCCAGCCAUGUCCCCCGCCGCGCCUGCGCCCGCUGAGGCCAAACCCCCUGCGGCCGGGGCUGACCCAGCGGACGCCAACGAGAAUGCCGCCAAGCCCAAGCCCAGCGCCGCUCCGGCAGCCGCCCCGCCACCUCAGGCUAUGCCGGCUGCAGGCGGUGGUGGAGUCUCACCCGUCGGUCUCGCCAUCAACGGCGACUCCAAGGCAAACGUAGCCUCCUUUGGCGGCAAGAUCGGCUGGUACUACAGCUGGAACAUGAACACUCUCACCGGUACGGACGGUCUCGAGUUUGUGCCUAUGGUCUGGGGCAAAGAUGCGGCCAACGCGUUCGAUGGGAAGAUUCCUGGCGGGUCAACUCAUAUCCUCGGCUUCAACGAGCCCGACAUUGGCAGAGAGUUUGGCGGCUCCUCUAUGAGCGCGGCCGAGGCGGCACCGCUCCAUCAAAAGUGGACUGCCAAGGUGCCGCAAGGGGUCAAGAUCGGUGCGCCCGGUGUAGCAAGAGGAGGGAAUAAGUGGCUAAAGGACUUCAACAGCGCUUGUGGCGGCAAGUGCAAGUAUGACUUCACACCGGCUCAUUGGUAUGGAACCAAUGCGAACGAUAUGAUCAAGGAUAUCAAGACAUUUCACUCAGACUUCAACGCCCCCAUCUGGCUCACCGAAUGGGCUUGCCAUGAUUAUGGAACUGGAAAGAUCUGCAAUGUCGACGAGGUCAAGGCCUUCAUGACGACCGCUAUCAAAUGGUUCCGGAGCGACGAGGGCAAGCAGAUUGUCGAGCGGUGGUCGUAUUUCGGCGCGUUCCCUAAUUACGCCCAGACCAACGCGAAUGGGCUCGAGAACAUGGACGGUACCGCAAACGAGGUUGGAAAGCUGUACGGAAGCUUGUAG